CAGCCCUCUUCUCUGCAUCCAAAAUAAUCUUUUCUCCAUCUCCAACUCUUUCGACUUAUUGUAUUAGUUUCUUUCUUCUUUUAAUUUUUGUUUUCUCUUAGAUUUUUUUGACAAAACCUUAAUAAGACAUAACUCCUAAUAAUUCAAUUGUCCACUCAUCCUCGUCGUACAAUAAAGCAAAUGGAAGGGUUCAAAGCACUCAUUCCAAAAAAAAAAAAAAAAGUUGCUCAAAGCAUGGUCUUACCAUUAUGGAGAUCUUGCUCCAAGCUAGCCCUAUGGACGGAUAUAACCCACGAUGACGUAGCUGUCAACUCAUGGACACUUUGCACAACGGAGCAAGUAGAAGAGCUCAAAGCGCUUAUAAAGGUUUUACCAUUAUGGAGUAUGGGUGCUGCAAACUAGCUCCAUGGAUAGACACGUUACUUUACUACCUCUGGCGUUAUCAUAAUGGUGAUAUGGGGCAUUCUAUAUGACCGUAUGAUUCUCCCCUUGGCCUCAAAGAUCAAGGGUCAAACCAACAGCUUGAUGUUAAACUAAGGAUGAAACAAGAUUCUGUAGGCAGGCACAUUUCUCAAAAUUUAAAAUUCCACCAGCUCCGUUUGCAACCUUUAAAAGAAAGAAGCGUUGUCUAAUCAAGGGAUAGACUUUAU